AUGAAGUUCCAAUCACUUAUUUCUUUCCUGGUCCCCACGGCUUCGGCUAUGUGCGACCACGGCACCAGUCACUUCUACAAACGCAACCCACUCAACAGCCGCGCCCAAGGAACCUUCAGCCAUCAAGGAGCCACCGGACCAAUAAUAUGGCACACUUUGGCCAACGUCAACUCCGCCUGUGCCCUCGGCACCGCUCAGUCUCCCAUCAACGUCAAGGCCAGCAACUCCAAGGAGGUUGCUGGCAGCUCUUUAACUUUCGCCGUCGACACCUAUCCCGAGGGCGCGGAGCUCGAGAACCUUGGAACCGCUCUCCAAGUGCCCGCAAAUGGGACCCUGACCCUCAAGAACACCAACUACUCGCUCGCACAGUUCCAUUUCCAUACACCCAGCGAGCAUCUAAUCAACGAUGAGUACUAUCCCUUGGAGGUCCACUUCGUGUGGGAGGCAGCGGACUCCUCGCUCGCCGUCGUUGGCUUCUUAAUCGAAGUUGCCAGAACAUCUGAUGAAUUGCUCACAAGCAUAUUUGCCAACGUCGCAGAUAUCACUGGGGCGGGUGACAUUACUCACACUGAGUCCCUUAACUUCACUGCCUUGGCUACUCACUUGAGCAAGAGCACCGUGUUCCAGUACUCUGGAUCCCUCACCACCCCUCCCUGCACUGAGGGUAUCUCAUGGAACAUCGUGAGCGAACCCAUCAGCAUCGACGUGGCUACCUAUGUCAAGGUUAAGGGCAUCAUGAAGUUCAACUCGCGCUACAUUCAAGACAUAAACGGCGAGAAAAACCUGUUGCAAUCUGCCAUGGCAGGUAUUCAGGCGCUCACCGGGUAG